GAGAGAGAGAGAGAGAGAGCGAGAACGAGAAACAGGGAACAGAGAGAGUUGUUUGAAAAAAAAAUGGCGGUUGAGAAAGGAAGGUACUGUGUAACAGGGGCUGGCGGGUUCGUUGCGUCGUGGGUCGUUAAGCUUCUGCUUUCCAAGGAUUGUACUGUCCACGGCACCGUUAGAGACCCCAGCAAUGACAAGUACGCCCACUUGAAAAAACUUGACAAGGCAUCUGAGAACCUUCAACUAUUCAAAGCUGACUUAUUGGACUAUGAGUCCCUUCGUGCAGGGAUUCUAGGAUGCGACGGAGUGUUUCAUGUUGCUAGUCCAGUCCCCUCCAGCACUGUGCCAAAUCCUGAGGUAGAAGUCGUUGAACCUGCCGUGAAGGGAACACUUAAUGUACUUAAAGCAUGCCUUGAAGCAAAAGUCAAACGAGUUGUUUUUGUGUCCUCUGUUGCUGCUGUGAUCAUGAAUCCUAGGUGGUCUGAAGGUCAAUUGUUGGAUGAAACUUGUUGGUCGGAUAAGGAAUACUGCAGAAAAACUGAGAAUUGGUAUAGUCUUUCAAAAACUUCAGCAGAAUGGGAGGCUCUGGAGUUUGCGAGAAGAAAUGGGCUUGACUUGGUAACUGUCUGUCCUACACUUAUUUUGGGGCCAAUUCUGCAGUCCACUGUAAAUGCAAGUACCUUGGUCCUCAUCAAGCUUUUGAAAGAAGGGUAUGAGUCAUUGGAAAACAAGGUCCGAAUGAUAGUUGAUGUGCGGGAUGUAGCUCAAGCAGUCCUUGUGGCGUAUGCGAAGCCCGAGGCUGAAGGAAGAUACAUAUGCACCGGCCACCAUAUCAAGGCAAGAGAUCUCGUGGAGGAGCUGAGGAGCAUUUAUCCUGACUACAAUUAUCCUAACAACUUUAUGGAAGUAGAAGAACAACAGCGGUUGAGCUAUGAGAAACUGCAGAGGUUGGGUUGGAGUGCCCGACCAUUGAAUGAGACGCUAGUUGACUCUGUUGAAAGCUACAAAGAGGCUGGACUUUUAGAUUGAAAAGAUAUCAUAGCAUGCUUUACC